AUGGCACAGUUCUUUAACCUUAUACGCUGCGAUCAGUUAAAUGGUUCAGCACGUGCCACAUAUGAUAAUUUGAAAACCGAUAUUUGUGGCAUAGAUCGUGUUAAAUACGUUUUAACUUGCGUCUGCAUAGUUCUGCUGAUUGUUGCAUGCAUUUAUGUCUGUCGAAAAUAUGACAGGUGCCAUAAAACUUUGCUAGCAUUUCACAAUAUUCGCGCAGCUGUUUCACUGCUGCUGCUGGCCAUUAACAGUCUGGAGCUGGCCAGAAGUCUGCUGCCUCAGCGUAAUGAUGAGCAGCUCAAGCGGCUCUUUGAGUCCAUGCCCAGGGAGUUUAAUGUUUUGAUCAUCAUUGGCGAUGGCGCUGUAUGGAAUGCACUUGCCGCUAUUCUGUUGACAAUUAUGCUAAUGUGCUUUCAUCGCGUGCUGGAGCGCAAAAAGAUGACAGUCUUCUUGUAUGGCAGCAUUGCCAUGGAAAUGUUAAUUUUUGUCCUGCGCUUCGAUGAAUUAUCCGAGGCUGUUAACCAAGAGGACAUCUUUGAGCUGGAGACAUGCCUAGUCACCGUAACAGCGGUUUGCCUAUUGACAUUAGCCACACUCGACGGAUACACCAUUUAUAAAGAGCGCUAUCGAGACGAUUACCUGGAGGAUUAUGAUCAUAUUGGCUAUAAGCAUACGCUUGCCACAUUCUAUUCAAAGAGCUGUUUUUGGUGGCUGACAUCGCUUCUGUGGCUGGGCUAUAAGGAACCACUCGAGCUGGAAGAUCUGGGACAUAUGCGUUUAGAAGAUAGUGCUCGAGCACAUUACGAUCGGUUUCUCUAUAUAUAUACGGAAAAAGUGAAAAAAUCGAGUUCGCCGCCAUCGCUUUGGUAUUGUUAUAUGAAGAACAGUUGGCGUAUGUUUGCAUUAGGCGGCAUUUUGAAGUUGACCGGCGAUUUAUUUGCACUGAUUGGUCCACUUGCCAUCCAGCAAAUAGUGCAGUAUAUUGAAGGACUCUAUGCGGCAGCACAGUCGGCUGCAGUUAAUGGAUCAAUACAAUCGGGAGUUGGGCCAACGAGUGCCCCUAAUGCGACCACAGAUGUUGUUUACUAUGAUGAUGGUGAUGAUGGUGAUGGUGGUGGUUUUGGUAUUGGCAUUGGCGAUGUGAGAAUUUACUAUGCCAGAUGGUCGGAUUUGUUAACAAAUGGCUGGAGCAUUGCUUGGAUGGUGCUUCUGGCUGCAUUGGCACAGGCCGCAUUGUCGCAGGCCUCCACGCAUGUGCUCAAUAUGACGGGCAUCAGGAUUAAAACAUCGCUACAAGGGCUAAUUUAUCGCAAAAGUUUACUUCUAAAUGCCAGCAGCGGUUGUGCCAACAAUGGCGCUUUUGAUGUUAAUGAUGAUGAUGACGCGGCUGCUGUUGCCGCUGCUCCUAUUAUUGUGCAACAAAAUGGCAACACUAGGUUGACACCCAACGAUAAGCCGCCCGCAGAGGUGGAAGCCACAUCACAACAAACGGGCAGUUCAGGCGGCCUCAGUGACAUUGGCGCCAUCACUAAUCACAUGACGGAGGACACUCUCAAUAUUAUGCAAUUCUUUUGGAUCGCUCACUAUGCAUGGGCAAUACCAUUCAAGAUAUCUCUGGUCAUCUAUUUGCUGUACCUGAAGCUGGGCAUAAGUGCUGUGAUUGGUGCCAUUGUGUGCAUUCUCAUUAUGACACCGUUGCAGUUUCUCAUCGGCAGUGCGAUGUCAAAGAAUGCCGAAGUGAUAGCGAAAUACACCGAUGAGCGCCUAAAGAAGAUACACGACACCCUGGUGGGCAUUAAGAUCAUCAAGUUGAAUGCCUGGGACGAGGUGUUUUUGCGGAAGAUACAGGCUGCACGCAAAAAGGAGCUCAAAUAUCUCAAUAAGGACGCCAUGUACUGGACGCUAAUGACCAUAUUGACGCACAUUUCGACGGUGUUGAUAACAUUUGUCACCUUGGCUGUAUACAUUUGCCUGCCGCACGAUUCGCAACUCAAUUUCGAUGCCAGUCAUCUGUUUGCGGCCCUGGCGCUAUUUCAACAGUUAACCGUGCCACUGCUGAUCUUUCCCAUAACGGUGCCCAUCAUCAUUGCGGCUCGAGCGUCCACGCGUCGUCUCGAGCGAUUUUUGCAUGCGCCCGAGAUUCAAAAACAAUUCGAGGGAAUUCGGAAUAUGGCACGCAUAUUGAGUAAGAGUGACGCCUCUCUGGACAUGUACGAGACGCAGGAGAAAUCGAAUAUGACCCUGCGUACCGCCAAGGCGGAGAAUAGACUUAAUGAACAGCGUCUGGCAUUGCGCAUUCGUAUUCCCGACCAGCAGCCACAAGCUCCAGCGGUGCCAUCGCCAGCGCCAUUAGCAGAAUCGGAGCCGAUUACACCGCUGCUGCAGAGCAAUGGUGAAUCGACGGAGGAUAAGUCACAGGCAUCGUUUGCCCACGAGCUGGGUCACCACAAGCUCGUCCAGCAGCGUCGCGAGCUAUUACGCAAUACGCCGUAUGUUGCAAUACGGCCGCCGAAACUCUUUGGUGCCACAAGCGAAAAACCGUUGGAGUUCUCAGUGUUGCGGGCCAGAAACACGGACAGCUGGCGUCGUGAUUCACUGCUCCUCAAAAUGUCUGACGACAUAGCCGUGUCCAUUAACGAUGGUCUCUUCACCUGGCAGCCGCAGUCGCACUCGCAGCAACGCUUGCCCAAUGUUCAGCUGCAUGUGCCCGAAAUGGCCAUUCCCAAGGGCAAGCUGACCAUCGUUGUGGGCAAGACUGGCAGCGGAAAAUCAUCGCUGCUCUCUGCCCUGCUCAUGGAGAUGCCACUGCUUGCGGGAAACAUGUUCUGGCACAAAAACUGCACCAUCUCGUAUGUGCCACAGUGUCCGUGGCUGUUGAAUGACACCAUACGGGAGAAUAUACUGUUCGGCGAGUCUUUUCGACCCAAGCGUUACGAUUUUGUGCUGGAUGCGUGCGCAUUGAGACCGGAUAUUGAACUGAUGCCCACAGCCGAUUUUACGAUAAUCGGUGAGCGAGGCAUCAAUCUGUCAGGCGGACAGCGGCAACGGAUUGCGAUAGCACGUGCAAUUUAUUCAUCGGCUAAUGUGGUCAUAAUGGACGAUCCGCUGUCAUCGCUGGACAAUGAGGUGGCCAGCCAUGUCUUUGAGCAAUGUGUGCGUCAAAUGCUUUUGAAGUCGAAUCGCACCAUCAUUCUGGUGACACAGCAAUUACAGUUGAUCAAGGAGGCGGAUUAUUUAAUUCUGAUGAAAGAUGGCCAGCUGCAGGCUUGCGGCAGUUAUAAGGACAUUGAGCUAAAGCAGCCACAAAUAAUCGCCAAAUGGAACUCAAUAAUUGCUAAGGCAAACGCAAACGCAAAGGAUCAACAACAAAACACUGCGGAGCGCACGGCUCGGGAACGCUGGAAACUAUUUAAGAAUGUUAGCAAACUAGGAUUGCAGCGCUCAAUAUCGAUUACUUCGGAAGCAGGUGGAUGCAAUGGCUCAGAGCUGGAUUCCGUUUGCGGAGAUGGCAGCAUUUCAGCGUCAUUUAACAAUGCCCGUAACAAUCCUGUUGAGGAGGAUGAUGAGGACGAUGAGCUGCCACCGUCCCUCUCGCUGGCCAGUGGCAUGGGCUUGCAGUCGGCAGGUAGCUUUCAUCUGCAACGCAAGCGUGCCAGUGUCUAUGGCUCCCGGCAUCUGAUCUACGAUGUGCCGCUGCCCAUCGAUGAGUGCCAAGCGGAUGAUGUUAUAAUGCGACCACGUCGUCGCUCCGGGCUGCAGCGUCGUGGCAGCAGCGUCAGAUCGAGGAACUCGUGGCAUCGUCUGAGCGGUCUGAGCACAGCGACGGCCACAUCCACCUCCAGCACGAACAGUGGAGAUUUGUUGCGUCGCAGCGUGCUGACCGCCAGUUGCAGCAGUUAUGCGGAGAGCAGUGUGGAUGGCGGCGAUUCAAGUACAGGUGGGGGAGUGACGCCACCGCCCGAGCUUUGUCAACGAGCGCAAUCGUGGCAGCCGACACAGAAACUGCAUCAUCCGCCCGUAACACGAAAUGCCUCAUCGCCGCCGGCCAUGGAGGCGGCUGGGGAUGUGGCAGUGGCUGUGCCAGCAACUGAGGAGGCGGUGGUAACGAGUCGUGGCAGCUUUCAGCAGUUCCUGCGACGUAUGUCCAUGCGGCGUUCCAACAAGCCCAAACUUCAUCAUCGACCGCUCAGCGCAGCCAACUCAAUUAGGAGCAUCUCGGAGGAGUCCAGUGCCGCGGCUCUGUUGCCAACAGUUGAGCUAAGUUCAGUGCCUUCAGUGCCUUCAUCGCCUGUCGUUGACAUAUCCAAUCCGCAGCCAACAACAACAAAUUCACAAACAACUACGGAUUCGGUAUUGAAAGGAAAGAUGCAAGUUGAAGUUACUUCUCCAGCUCCCACUCCGGCACCCGCUCCUGCGGAGACUCCAGUGAAGCACGUUAAAAUUGACUUUAACGCAUUGCCAACAAAUGGUCGCAGCAACAGUAACAAUAACAAUGGUCAAAAUGCGGACAAGCCCAAUAACAACAACGACAACGACGCUGAAAAUGGCGUGGAUGACGUUGACGUGUCAGACGUGUCGAUGCGACAUAACCUGGAGCGGGAGGGUCAGCAGCAACAGCAGCAACAGCAGCAGCAACAGCAGCAACAGCAGCAACAGCAGCAGCAGCAGCAGGAACAGAAGCAUGUGCUGGAUGAGGGUCGUCAUCGGGCAGGUGCAAUGCCAACGACGGAUGUUGAACGCAAAUAUGGCCAAAUCUCGCAUCACAUAUAUCUGCUGUACUUGCACGCCUCCGGUCGGCCCAUAAUCAUUGUCUUUUUUAUCACCGCACUAAUUUGGCAAUGUUUGCGUGUCUACACGGACGUUUGGCUGCAACAUUGGAGCGACCACGUCGCACUGAAUGUGGAGCAUCGGGUGAAGCACAACAGCACAGACACAGGCGCAGACAUGAACAUCGAUAUGGAUAUGGAUAUGGAUAUGGGCAUGGAUAUGGACAGCCACGAAGUCACGUACUAUUUUCGGAUGUAUGCAACAAUAUCGUGUGUUUGCAUUAUAAUGGCCAUGAUAUCAACACCGGCCGGACAAUGGGCCGGCUGUAAUGCGCGCCGUAAUUUGCACGAUAAACUGUUGCAAACGAUUUUGCAUAAAACUUUGCAUUUUUUUCAAGUGACACCGCUCGGACGAAUUGUGAAUCGUUUCAGCAACGAUAUGGCGAUCAUUGAUAAGAAAAUAGCUGCAACCAGUCAACGCUUGUUGCAGUUCUCGUUGCUCUGCCUGUGCGCCAUAUUUAUAAAUGUGAGCAUUACACCCUGGUUUCUGGCCCUCACCCUGCCCAUUUGCUGUGCCUACUAUGCCAUACAGAAGUUCUACAGGUGUUCGGCGCGUGAGCUGCAACGAAUUGAGAACUCAACAAACUCACCGGUGAUAUCGCAUCUAUCGGAGACAAUACAGGGUGUGACCACAAUACGUGCAUACAAUCAGCAGGCUCGUUUCACAGAGAUACUCUUUAAGCGUCUUGAGGCGAACACAAUUGCAUUUACCAUAUUGAAUACGAGUAAUCGUUGGCUGGGCAUAUCACUGGAUUACCUGGGCGGAUGCAUUGUUUUUGUGGCCAUCGUAACAGCACUGGCAACGGCCAGCGUCAGUUGCAGCAGCUACGCAAAGGAGCAGGAGGCGACAGCAACAGGGACGAUGUCAGGAACUUAUGCCAUCAAUAAGAGUUCCAGCCCCAAGGAGCUGACACCGACACCCUCGCUGGUCGGUUUGGCCAUCAACUACACGUUGUUGGUGCCGAUUUACCUUAAUUGGGUUGUAAAACUUUUGGCCGAUAUGGAGAUGUAUGCGGGCUCCGUUGAACGCAUUGCACACUACGCCCAACAGCCGCAGCAGCAAAGGGCGGAGCAACCGGAUGCGGAAAUCACCAACGAAGUCGAUAGGUCCUCCUCUUUCGUUCCGAGUACCGUUGACAAAGCUCACCCAGACGCAACGUCAGCUGCCGUUGAUGUCGAUAUCGAUGCCAUUGCCGACCAGGCUGCUGAUAAAUUAAAUGCAAGCAAUCACUUAAACUUUCAGCACACAGCAUCAGCUGUUGACAAGCAGCAGCCAACGACGACGACGACGACGACGAUUGCAGCAGAGACAUCGAUCCUUGCAGAUAAGAGAAUAACGGCAUUUGCUGACAAGGUCGUCGCGCCAUCUAAUGAGCAAACGAGACGCAUUAAAUGCUACCAAACCGUUCCAAUUUCGUGGCCACAACGCGGCGACAUCAGUUUCCAAAAUGUCAGUCUGCGUUAUGAGGGACAAAGGCAGAACGUUAUCAGCCACCUGAAUUUGAAGAUACCAGCGGGUCAACGGAUUGGCAUCUGUGGCCGCACGGGUAGUGGCAAAUCCUCCCUGGCCCUAUCCCUAUUUGGUGUAUUACAGACGACAAGUGGCCAAAUUUGCAUCGAUGAUGUGGACAUUGAGCAAAUACGACCAGAUGAGCUGCGUAGCCGAUUAUCGAUAAUACCACAGGAUGUGCAUUUGUUCAAUGCAACAAUACGUGAAAAUCUCGAUCCGCAUGGCUAUUAUUCGGAUUUGAAAUUGUGGGAUUGCCUCGAAUUGGCACAGCUCAGGGAGUUUGUUAGAGAUCAGCUGCCACUUGGUCUGGACUUUGAAAUAAGCGAUGGCGGCAUCAGUUUUAGUGCUGGACACCGGCAACUGCUUUGCUUGGCACGUGCCAUCCUCCGAGGCUCCGCCUGUUUGGUGCUGGAUGAAGCAACAAGUACGCUGGACAGCAGCACGGAACGGGCUCUGCUCAAGUCAGCUGACAAGGCGUUCCAGGGUCGAACAAUUAUAACGAUUGCCCAUCGCUUGAGCACGAUUCUGGAUUAUGAACGUAUUAUAGUGCUGGAGCAAGGUGAAAUCGUCGAGGAGGGCAAUCCCAGACAGUUGCAGCAGCAGACCAGCUCCAUUUUUCAUGGGCUGCUGCACAAAGCUGACCAGUUGAACGGCGCCACCAGUUCUUAACUUAAAUACACAUAUAUAUAUAUGUAUGAACAAUUUAAUUGUCUGACGUAGAUUGCUUAAUUGUAGUGCUUAUGUUACUUGUAGCGGCGAGAUCAAAUGGAUUUCUGUGCAGUUUUGGGAGCGCCUUAUUGUGUGCUUUGUAGUUGUGCGGCCGUGUGUGUCAAAUGUGAUUUAUAUAUAUAUAUUUUAUACUUUUAUACAUA